AUGCCAGACCAGUACGCAACCUGGGAUCGGGAUGACUCUCGGGCGAAUUCGCCACCGACGCGAUGGCAAUUCAUCGAUACGUCCAACAACAGUCGGAGUAACCUGACUCAAGUCAAGCGCCAUGUGAUGCAGGAGUAUAUGCGUCAAAAGCGUCAGGAUACCGACAGCAAUCCCGAGAAACCCGUCAACGAGAGUUCUAUAUCACAACACCGUCCACGUCGGCGAUCAAAAAGGACCGAAGAGUCCGGAAGAGAUGUACGCGCGAUUGGGAAGAAAGGGUACGACAACGUUCAGUCACGAGAAGAGUCUGGACCGUCUUCGACUCGACAAACUACGGCCAACCUUUCCCCAGACCCUUUCCUGGCUAGUUCGUCCACGACGUAUACUGAGCCGGGUUUCAUACCUGGUGCAGAAAGCCCCUUGCCUCCACACGUUUCGUUGACGCCCUCAUUUCCGGAUGCCUAUGCACUCUGGGACCAAGCUAGUGGCUUGGGGUUCGGUAGUCAAACGCCGCUAUCACCAGUCACGGAGCUUUUGGAUUCCUUUACCAACGAAAUGACUUCCCAUCCCUAUGGAAGCCACCUCCCAUCCGCCAAUGCCAACAACUGGUGUACUUCAGACUUUGCACCCGAAGCCACGACGGGGAAUGCCUCGUUCCGGGACGGUGGCGCCGUUCACGCGGCCAAUACAUGGACUGGAGGUCGGAGUGAUGAUGGAAGUUCGCUGGCGCAUCAGCACCAGGCAUCGUUCACGGAUCAAGAACGCCUAGAAGAUAUCCCCGGUGAUAUCUCCGAUGGCGCGAUUGUCUCGUCAUUGAGUGCGGCCGGACUUGAGGAUUCAGACCCCCGGCCAGGGAGGAAAGAAAUCAGCUGGAUGCACAUGCGGACAGCGCGGGAGAUGAUCCGCGCGCGAGGAGGGCCAGCGGCCUUUCACAACACCCGGUUGGGGAUUUUGAUCAACUGGCAGGACUACAUCCUACCGGGUUACGAUACCAACGGCCCCAGCUUUUCCUUCGAGCCUCGCCCAGCAGCCAGCCAGCCAGUACUCCGACCCAAUUCGGCCGCAGCAUCUUGGGGGACCUCCCCCGGUGUGGCGCCGUCUGCCUCAACGCUUUCCCCGCUGGAUGAAAUCCGGCAACAAUGCGAGGAGUUUAUUGACUUCCUGAAACGGUGCGAGGAACUCUCCAUGUACCACCGCAGCUGCGAUCCGACUUCCAUGCCCGUGCGUCACACAGCGUUUCAGCCCACAUCGCCGGUCUAUCGGGCUUUGACGGCACCGGCUAACAUGCGCACCCCGACCCCGGAGGGCGGAAGGCAAUUCAUCGCCCGACUCGUGAACCUCAUGCUGGUCAGCGCCGCACUCUGGGAUUACCGCUGUUCAGCGCAACAGAGCGAGGGCUUUCUGCGGACCGUGCAGCAGGCGGUGAUGGCGCAGGACGCCAACGUGGGUGGCUCCGCGGAGACCCUUCUCCUGACGAUGCUCGAGUACAAUGAUCGGAUGGGGAGUGUCACGGAUGAAACCGGCCCCGUGUCCUUUGGGCGGCCAUGGUUCGCGGGACGGAUGCUCAAGGUUGCCAAGCGAUUGAGUCUGGGCAUGUGGAUGCACGUGCAGGAUUUUCUCCUCUCGUGCUUGGCCCUCCAUUCGCCCGCUGGGAUGGUUUCGGUCGAGAUGUGGGCAGAAGCGCUGCGACAUGAAGUGCUGAGUGCACCGCUUACUAGCUAUGUGAUGCCUGCUUUGAGGGGGUGA